AUGAAGAGUAUACCUCUGCUUCUUAUGGGUUGUGGAGGGGUCGGACGUCAACUCCUUCAGCACAUUGUUUCCUGUAGAUCACUACACGCCAAGCAGGGAGUGCGCCUGCGAGUUGUAGGAGUAUGUGACAGUAAAUCGUUGCUUGUUGCCUUGGAUGUGUUCACCAUGGAGUUAGAUGAUACCUUUUUGAUGGAAGUUUGCCGGGUCAAGUUGAAUGGCUCUUCUCUGCUGACACUUAGCAAUGUUGGCGAAUGCCAAAUAUUCUCGAAUCCAGAAUCUAUGAGAAAGCUUGCUGAUAUUGCUGCUCUUCUGGUUAGAUCAACAGGUUUGGCAUUUGUUGAUUGCUCUGCUAGUUCUGAGACCAUUGGAGUGCUAAGUCGGGUAGUAGAUAUGGGUUGUUGUGUAGUGCUAGCUAAUAAGAAGCCUCUGACCUCUUCAAUGGAAGAUUAUGACAAGUUGGUCUCACAACCACGGCGUAUUCGGCAUGAGUCCACUGUUGGUGCUGGCCUUCCUGUCAUAGCAUCCUUAAAUCGUAUGCUUUCCUGUGGAGAUCCAAUACACCGUAUUAUUGGGAGUUUGAGUGGUACAUUGGGAUACGUAAUGAGUGAGGUAGAAGAUGGAAAGCCGUUCAGCCAAGUUGUUAAAUCUGCUAAAAGCCUUGGCUACACUGAACCAGAUCCUCGGGAUGAUCUCAGUGGGAUGGAUGUGGCAAGAAAGGCUCUGAUCCUUGCUCGACUUCUUGGACGCCGUAUUAACUUGGACAGCAUUAAGAUUGAAAGCUUGUACCCUGUUGAAAUGGGACCUAAUUUUAUGUCUGUGGGAGACUUUUUGUUGAAUGGCCUCCCGUCGAUUGAUAAGGACAUCCAACAGAUGGUUGAAAAGGCUUCUUCAAAUGGAAAUGUUCUGCGUUAUGUCUGUGUUAUUGAGGACUCAAGGUGUGAAGUUGGUAUUCAAGAGCUUCAGAAAGAUUCUCCUUUGGGAAGAUUAAGAGGAAGUGACAAUGUGGUUACUGUUAGUGCUUUAUUUUGUUGGUGCACAAGGAUCUUUGUUGUCCUAUUGAAUAUCAAGAGUUGUUUGUAG